CAAUGGUAUCUAGAAUAAUUACCAAUGCUUUCAGUGAAAUGGAUACCGGGAGUUUACAUGUUUUGGUUCCCCAGAGGGUUUUUGUGAUAGGACCACGUGGUGCUGGGAAAAGUGCAACAAUCAACACCAUAAUAGGAGAGAAUGUGGCCAGAUCUACGACUGGUCUUAGUUCCGAAUCGACAACAAAAGACAUUACUCAAUAUCCUGUGAAAGAACUCAACAUUACAUUAUUGGAUACCCCAGCAUUGAGAGGACCUGUAAUUAGGAAACUGAAUCGAGCAUUAGUAGGAAGUGAUAUCAUAGGGUUUGUUAUUCCUGCACAAAGAAUACAGGAGGAAGAAAUAUCGUGCAUCAGGAUUUUUCUUACGAAAUUUAAACAUUUUCUUGGAAAAACUUUUAUCAUAAUUACGAAAGGAAAAAACUAUCGUGAAGAGGAUUUUUUCAAAUGGACAGCUAUAGAAGAGCUAUUCAAUCUAUAUACAGCUGUUGAACAGAGAAUUGUGGUAUUUGAAAACGAUUUUGAAACGCAAGAGCAGACAAAAGAUCAAAUCGAAAGGUUUAUGUCUGUUGUAAAUGAAUGUAAAGCCAAAGAAUAUACCCCUCCACCAUCAAUCAUUGACAUGUUAGUUAGCUUUAAAUCUGCAAUUGAACCUCAUAUUGUAGCUUUUAUAAAUGAAAUUUGCAAAGUCAUACUUUGCACUGCUUUUGAACGUAUUAAUUCUGUUUCUUUAGAGCCGGUGUUAAUUAAUGUUCUACAGAAGAUCUUACCUUCUAGCAAACCUUUCGAGUAUGCUAUUUUACUUCCUACAUCAUGGAUUUAUUAUAGUCCUAUCAGUGAUGAUGUCUUUAGAUUUUAG